GGUGUAGUACAUCCCUCUUCCGCCGAUGACCCCCCCCCCCCCGCUUUGUAACAUUAAAAGUGUCUCCAAAUUUUGUUACGUUUCCCGGGGGAUAAAAAUCCCUUCCAACUGAGAGCCACUGGGCAGGGGUAAGGCUGACAUGCCUCGGACACAGUGUGAGAAACAACGCUCUGGGGAUCAGAUCUCAUCUUACGACGAGCCCUGUAUUCCAGCCGCGGAGCCUUGGCAGGCCGGGCUUAUGCAGAUGAGCCGCAGAUUUGGCUGGGAGGCGGUCAGUUCUAUGUAAAUGAAGUGGCGGUGCCUGCAUGUUGAUGAGCUGGGCCAGCUGCAUACGCUGCUGGGAGCUCAGCUGGUCCCACUGCGGUUCGGGCCGAAGUGGCAUCUCUCUCCCGUCACCCUUCCUCCCUGGUCCCUACCUUCUGACAACUGCCCUCAACCCUUACCCUCAUCUUUCCCCCUCCUACCCCUUGCACCAGUGCCCCUAGUAUCUGAAUAUCUCCGCCCCUGACACUCCUCGUAUUGCUCCCUCGCCUCUGCAAAGCUCGAGACCUCCGGCAGCCCGCCCCCGCGGGCCGAGCCUGUCUGGCGGCUCCCGAAGCAGCCUCCUCAGCCUUCCCGCUUUCCUGGGAAUCUCCCCACCACGACCCGGGGUGUCAGCCCUCAGGCUUCCCUGCCCCCUCGGAGCCCCCUUCCUCGCCCUUGGCCAGCCGGCAUGCAAGUGUCUAUCGUGUGCACCGAGCAGAACCUUCGCAGCCGGAUCAGCGAGGACCGUCUGUGCGGACCCCGGCCCGGCCCGGGUGGCGGUAAUGGCUGGCCAGCCGGCGUGGGGCACGGGAACCCUCCGGGGGGUGGAGGGUCAGGCCCCAAGGGCCGAGCCGCGUUGGUUCCCCGACCCCCGGCGCCUGCUGGGGCCCUCCGAGAAAGCACGGGCCGAAGCACUGGCAUGAAAUACAGGAAUCUAGGAAAGUCUGGUCUUCGGGUAUCCUGUCUUGGCCUGGGUACCUGGGUGACAUUUGGUUCUCAGAUCUCAGAUGAGACAGCAGAGGAUGUGCUGACAGUAGCCUAUGAGCAUGGUAUAAACCUGUUUGACACCGCCGAAGUGUAUGCAGCAGGAAAGGCUGAAAGGACCCUAGGCAACAUUCUCAAGAACAAAGGUUGGAGGAGAUCAAGCUAUGUUAUCACCACCAAGAUUUUUUGGGGAGGACAGGCAGAAACUGAGCGAGGCUUAAGCCGAAAACACAUCAUUGAAGGCUUACGAGGAUCCCUGGAUCGUCUCCAGUUGGGAUACGUGGACAUAGUCUUUGCCAGUUGCUCAGACCCUAACAGUCCUAUGGAGGAGAUUGUUCGAGCCAUGACCUAUGUCAUCAACCAGGGCCUGGCCCUAUACUGGGGGACAUCCCAAUGGGGGGCUGCAGAAAUCAUGGAGGCCUACUCCAUGGCUAGACAGUUCAAUCUAAUUCCUCCUGUGUGUGAACAAGCAGAGCACCACUUGUUUCAGAGGGAGAAGAUGGAGUUGCAGCUGCCUGAACUCUACCACAAGAUUGGAGUUGGCUCAGUCACUUGGUCUCCUCUGGCCUGUGGCCUCAUUACUAGCAAGUAUGAUGGGCAAGUUCCAGAUACCUGCAGGGCCACCAUCAAGGGCUACCAGUGGCUCAAGGAUAAAGUGCAGAGUGAAGAUGGCAAGAAGCAACAAGCCAAAGUCAUGGACCUUCUCCCCAUCACCCACCAGCUAGGAUGCACUGUAGCCCAGCUUGCUAUUGCAUGGUGUCUCCGCAGUGAGGGUGUCAGCUCGGUCUUGCUGGGGGUGUCAAGUGCAGAGCAGCUGAUGGAACACUUGGGCGCCCUACAGGUAUUGAGCCAGCUGACGCCGCAAAUGGUGAUGGAGAUAGACGGGCUCCUGGGGAACAAAUCACAUUCCAAGAAAUAGUCGGUCGUGGGGCACAGACACCCAGCACAAGUCGCUGCACCCGUCGGAGAACCACCUCCCAAAUACUCCCACGUCAUCCUUCGACACAGCGGCUGGAGCCAGGGUGUCCCCGCUCACUAGAGUCCCAGCUUUGAGUAGCGCUGUGCAUGAACAAAGCCAUAUCCUUCCGCAGAGGGCCUUGGGAGAGAAAGUAGUCCACCUGCCCCCGGCUACGUCCUUGUAGGCCUUCUUGCUAAUCCUGGGCAUGAGCUAUGGGCCGUCCCCUCUCUGCCUUUUGGUCUUGCUCCUUGCUCUCUUCUCCCUAUUGCAGAGGCCCAGAAAAAUCCCACCAGAUAUAAGAAAAAUGCUUAGUGCCUCAAGAAUGGCCCUUGAACUGUGAUGGGAUAAGAACCUAAUAAGUGAGUUGUAAUGUCAUCUGGGACAAACGAAAUGGGUCUUUACAUUAUUGGAUAAAAAGGAGACAGGCUGGUCCUGGCAAGAAGUACAUAAUUUUGGGGAAACUAGAUCUGUGCCUCCACCUCCCAACCUGGGGGUAGAGGAGGACUUAAAUCUAGAACUAGUUUAAUACCUUGUUCUUACAGAGAGGAAGUAGGGGUGGGGAAUACAGUGAUACAGCACCAACCUAGGCAGAGGGAAAUUUGAUAGCAAAUGUAUAGCAUGGGCUGGCAAAAGUGGCCAGGGUGGCCUUAGAACAAAGUUGGGUGGUGCUUUGCAGAAAUUAGGGAGUCAUUUGGUUACCAGCAGAGACAUGGGGCUGACCAAUCAAGGUCUGAGGACAAACUUUUGAGCCUCAAGCUGGACUUCCUACCUGGAGGUGGAGGACUGCAGUCUUCCAUCUGACAAUAACCCUAAAGCAAUAAUGAUGGCUCCUCUUCUACUGUAAGCCUUCCCAGGGAACUGUAAAUAAAAUCUCGGCUUGAUCCUAUGAUAUCUGAAAUUGCAGGGGACUGAGAGACUAUAGUCCCUGUCUCACAUACUGGCGUUCUUAUCCUGGGUCAUUAGAAAGCUCUGCACUAGUUUUUCUCUCCAUUCACCUCAGUGACUCAGGAAUAGGGCACUUGGUCACUGUUCUCAAGGACUUAGACACCAAGUAUUCCCAGGACUGGGUCUUCUUUAGAACCUUCUUUAGAACCUAGUGAUCUAGCUUUCUAGUUUUCCUGCUCAAUCUAUGAAAGACCCAGCUGAUA